UUCGAAAAGUGAGGUUGCCCAGAGCAGACGACGACAACAACGAGACAACGACAACAACGCAGACGCAGACGCAACUAAAAACCGCAUGCCACAAAUACGUUGCGAGUCUACAAAUUUAAAAUCGCGUGUUUUUUGGUGCUACAAUACAUUAAAAUAUUAUAUAGAAUAAAUGUAAAUGAUAAAUGUAAACAGCAGCAGCAAUCGAUAAUCAAUAAUCGUUGAUCGUUAAACCGUUGCCAAGUUAAUCGUUAAUCGUUCGGUUUUUUUGAUCGUGUGCUUUAAACCUGAUUUACACAUACUACGUAAUCGUGCAACGCGUAUCGAGUUGUUGUUGUUUUGCUUGUUUGUUUGUUUGUUUGUGUUGCUUUUAUAUAUGUAGCAUGUGGGCGCGGGGAGAGCAACACAAAGCGGGGCAAAGAGUUUGCUGCGCUGACCAAUGCUAAUUUGAGACGAGAGCUGCAAUCCCCCCCUGAAAUUGUAGUAGAAGUAGAAAAAUAACGAAAAACAAUCAACGUUUCGAUUUGCCAAGUCAACGACAACGACAACAACAACAACAGCUUACAAAACCCACAAAAAAAUAAGAGAGAAAAAAGUGUCAAUUACAACAGCCGCAACAGCAACACACCCAAAGACACACACAAACACACACACACACACACAUACAGAGUUUGUUGUGUUUGACAAUGGCCAGCAUACAUUUGCGAUCGCUGCUGUUGUUGCAGCGGCGUCUCGACAUGUUGCUGCUGUUGCCAAUGCUGCUGCCAAUGCUGCUGCUGUUGACGAGCGGCGCACAGAGCACGCGUCUACCGCUCGAGGUUUACGAGCUGACAGCAACGGCCAACAGCGAUGAGCACAAAAGCUUGGAGUAUACGAUCUAUGAUGCCAAAGAGCCAACAGGUGCGCCAACAGCAACACCAGCAACAGCAACAUCAACAACAACUACCACAACAACAACAACAGCUGCCACAGCAACAUCAGCGGGCAGCAGCAGCACUGUUGCUGUUGUCAGCAUCUCAGCGGAGCAGCAGUUGGAAACGGAGCCAGCCAUAUUGGCGAGUCGACGUGCGCGCCAAAUGUUGCAGCAGCAACAUCGAUUGACCGGCAGCAGCAGCAGCAACAACAACAACAACAGGCAUGCGCAUGCAUCCAACAGCAAGGAUCUGCGUAUACUCUAUCAAGUGGGGGACUCUGAGGAUGAUUUGCCCGUGUGUGCACCCAAUGCAGUCUGCUCCAAGAUCGAUCUCUAUGAGACACCUUGGAUUGAGAGACAAUGUCGUUGUCCGGAAUCCAAUAGGAUGCCCAACAAUGUCAUAGUGCAUCAUCAUGAGCAUCCACAUGCUGCACGUGCUGCAAUUGAGACCCAAAAGUAUCGCAAUUACUACGAGAAGGAGAAAUUGUUGCAACACAAGCGUUUGCUGCUCAGCGAGUUUCAGGACAAGAAAUUCGAGAGUUUGCAUCUGAAGAAACUGAUGCAGAAACUGGGCGCAGUUUAUGAGGAUGAUUUGCAACUGCAGUCGGGAGAUUACUUGGAACGUUCGCCGGACUACAAUGAAGCCUUGCCGGCACCGGGUUAUGAGGAGCUGACGGACAACGAGUUGCCACAAAAGCCGUCACGUGGUUCGGCGCAUAUGCGUCAUUCGGGACAUCGGGGAUUGAAGGAAACUGCGAGCUUUAUUGGCGGCUGUCCGAGCAGUUUGGGUAUGGAUGAUGGACACACGAUUGCAGAUAAAACCCGACACUACAAACUCUGUCAACCGGUGCACAAGUUGCCCAUUUGCAAGCACUUUCGUGAUUACACCUGGACUUUGACCACAGCUGCGGAGUUGAAUGUCACUGAGCAAAUUGUGCAUUGUCGUUGUCCCAAGAAUUCAGUUACCUAUCUGACCAAACGUGAGCCUGUUUCCAAUGAAAACACAGCCUAUCGUUAUCGCUUUGCCUGCUCCCCACUGACGCGCCUUCGCUGCCAACGCAAGCAGCCUUGCAAGCUGUUCACGGUGAGAAAACGUCAGGAGUUUCUGGACGAGGUCAACAUCAAUUCGCUGUGUCAAUGUCCCAAAGGUCAUCGCUGUCCCAGCCAUCAUACGCAGUCGGGUGUUUUAGCGGGCGAGAGUUUUCUGGAGGAUAACAUACAAACCUAUUCGGGUUAUUGCAUGGCCAACGAUUGAAUUUUGAAAAAAGAAACUUCCCCUUAUUUCCCCUAAAACUCUGCUGCAGCAGCUACUAAAUAUAUAUAUUUAUAAAUAUAUGGGCUAUAUAUAGGUUUAUCUAGGACUAUGCUUAUAAGUCGACUGAGCCAAUUGAGUCUCGCCAAGUUAACAAUUAAACUGAAACUAAAACUACAACUACAAAUAUAACUAACGAGCAAUUAUGUGUGUGUGUAUGUGCGGUCUGUGUGUGCGUGUGUAUAAUUUGUUGCUUUGUGUGUGUGUAAAGGGUUUUUUUGUUUUUAGUUGCUACCAAAAUUUGGUCAUACAUAUAUCAUAAACAAAUAAUCUUUAAAUAAUUUAAAAACAUAUAUGCGUAAAUAUAAAUAUUUAAUUAGUUCUAAGGCGCAGUUUGUUAUACAAAUCAUUUGUAAUGAAUAUUUAUAAAAAAGCGUUCUUAAAUCUGUAACAUAGCAUCCCCUAACUAUCUGUCUCACUCUCUUUUUCCCUCUCUUUCUCUUAUUAAUUGUAUAUAUUAUACGCAGUCCAAACUCCCAUGCGUGCCAAAUUAGUAUGCAGUUUAAUUUAUAUUUUUGUUUCCUCUUACUUUUGAUUAAUUCCUUAAAUAAACAUACUAAACAAAAAGUUGUACAGUUAGAAACUGUUUUACAGGCAGCAGCAAUUUUUAGAACGAAUCAUGGCAA